AUGGAUAAUAAAUUUACAAGCCGUAAAACUCUUCAAAAAUGUAGAGCUAGAGAGAAUGAAAUACAAAAUGAACAUGAAAUAUGUCUUGCAAGGAACUGUGAAUAUAAGCAGCAAAAAAGAGAGAAAGAGAAUGCUGAAGAAAAUGAGACGCAUCUUGAACGAAGGACCUAUUUGAAUAACUUAAAUCAAAAUUUGAAUUCACAACAGCGAUGA